UGAUUGGUUGUCUUGCUGCAAGUGGUUGGCGUGGACGGAAGGAGUUAGUUGAAUGGACUCUAGUGCAAAGUGAACCGGGGUACAAAGGUGCUUGUGUCGGUGUCACUGUGGCGCAGGUAAAUCCGAAGAGCUGAAAUGGAUAUCACCAAAUUCAACAUUGAUGCCCCACGAUGGGACCAGGGCACGUUUGUGGGGCGUCUAAAGCACUUCUUCAAUAUCACGGACCCCCGAACCGCACUUGUUUCAGAAGCGGAGCUGGACGGGGCAAAAUUGCUCGUAGAGGCAUGCAGAGCAGGGGCCGUACCGCCAGGGACCAGCGUAGAACAGCUGCACUAUGCAAAAAAGCUCUACGACUCUGCUUUCCAUCCCGACACGGGGGACAAGAUGAACAUGAUCGGAAGAAUGUCUUUUCAGGUUCCUGGAGGAAUGGCCAUCACAGGAGGCAUGCUACAGUUUUACAGAACCAUUCCUGCGGUGGUGUUCUGGCAAUGGAUCAACCAGUCGUUUAAUGCAUUAGUAAAUUACACCAACCGGAACGCUGCUUCUCCUAUUACGCCAAGACAGAUUGGGGUGGCAUAUGUGACUGCAACAAGUACUGCCUUGGCCACUGCAGUGGGACUGAAUCUUUAUACCAAGAAAGCUCCCCCUCUGAUUGCUCGCUGGGUCCCGUUUGCUGCUGUGGCCGCUGCUAAUUGUGUCAAUAUCCCUAUGAUGAGACAACAAGAGAUCCUAAAUGGGAUUGCGGUUACGGAUGAAAAUGAUAAUAAACUGGGUCAUUCUAAGAAAGCAGCUAUCAAAGGAAUAAGCCAAGUAGUCAUUUCCAGAAUCGCUAUGGCUGCUCCGGGGAUGAUUCUUUUACCAAUUCUGAUGGAGAAACUGGAGACAUAUCCCUUUAUGAAAAGAAUCCGUGUUCUACAUGGUCCUUUGCAAGUGGUAUUAGUUGGUGGCUUUUUACUCUUCAUGGUUCCCGUGGCCUGCUCGUUAUUUCCACAGCGAUGUUCUAUGGCUGUGAGCUCUCUAGAGCCAGAACUUCGAGAUUCGAUUGUGGAAAAAUAUGGGGACAAAAUUCAUUAUGUGUAUUUUAAUAAAGGACUAUAAUUGAA